AUGGGUGGCGGCGGUAGUAAACGCUCGAAGGCUCACCUUCCGAGUAGCCGUGUGAGUAAUUCACUUCAAGAUGAAGAAUUGAUAUGUGCUGUGUGUAAGGGUAUACUAUGGCAGCCUGUGAGAUGUGGUAAUUGUAAAAGAUCAUUUUGUGAUCAAUGUUUACAAACAAGAAUUUCCCAGAAAGAUCCGUGCGGGAAUACUUCCUUGCCAUGUGUGGCGCAGAAUUGUCCGGAGACAAUCACUGAAAAGUUGUCUCAGCUGAGGAUUCCAUGUCGUUAUAAGCAAUACGGUUGUCGUAGUUGCGCUCGAUACAUUCAAUAUGAUCAAUUACUCAAGCAUGAAGAAAAUUGUGCCUAUGAAUUAAUAACAUGUUCGGUUUGUAUGGCUAAGGUGCUAAAGUUGAAUUCAGAUAAACACAAUCAAAAAUGCCCGUUGAUGAUUAUCACUUGCGACGAAUGUUGCGCCUGUUAUACAAGACAAGAUGCUUCACUUCACACUUCCGCUGUAUGCUGUCAGACUUUAGCAACCAAUAAAAUAGUGGUGAAAUAUAUUAAUGUUUGUGUCGGUAGCUUAAUAACACAAAAGACUGAUGUUAUUGUCGUAAACGCAUUGUCGUGUGGAAUGUUAGAAAGUGUUCUCGCAGCUGGUGGGAAUUCAGUGAGGGAUUCAUAUACAACUGAAUCGGAAAGCUCAUCUGCCGAAUCGGUUCUUUCUGUUGCUGCUGACGGACAACUUGCAUCCAAGAAGAUCUACUUUGUAGAAUGGCGGCCAGGCUCUAAUAGUACUGUACUUCGACGAUCUAUCCGAAAAUUAUUCUCUGAAACAAUCGCGGAAGCAGUAAAUGAGGGUUAUCAAAGCAUUUCAUUUCCAGCCAUCGGUUGUGGCGGUUUUGGUUGUUCGCCUGCUCUUAUGGCUGAGAUUUUCGUGACAGAAGUUUGCCACCAGCUAGCUACACAUCCAAUCGCCAUCUUCUUUGUUAUCGAAUCAACUGAAGAGAAUAUAUACGAGGAGUUACAAAAGCAGAUUGGUGUAAUAAAGAAUGCCAGAAUAAAAAUCGUGUCAACAAAAGUUGGAAGUGGAACAAUUGAAGUCGAGAACGGCGAGAUCGCUCAACAAAAGAUGGAUGUCAUAGCUGUUAGUGCUUCGUCAUCGAUCUUAACGAAAGCCGUCAUUCAAGCAGCUGGUGAUGAGGUUAAAACAGACUACCUUAUGCAAUCUAAAAACCAGGUUAAAUCCUUGAUAAUUUCAACACCAUCAGGACGACUACCAUAUAUUAUCUCAAACGUCGUCAAAUAUGUGGCUCAGUAUCAUUUUACUUCGAUUGCGUUUUCAGCUAUUGGAUGCGACGUUUACAGUAGUUCAACAAAAAUUAUUAUUAGAACCAUGAUAAAGUUCGUCAUUUCACCUGAACAAAUAGAAACUUAUGGCGCAUUUUGCAGAGAAGUUCUGACACCAUAUGAAGAGUCGUCGAUAGCACUCAAUCGUUUAUUGCCAGUAACAUGGGAACCCAGCCAAGGAGGCACGAAACGUUGUCAAAUAUGUUCUACGACAGACGAAUACAAGUCGGUGGCAGUUCCAUUUGACCAAGGAAUGGAAGGACACUACAACAAAAUAAUCAAAAUCGAGCGCAUUCAGAACGAGCACUGGUUCCAGCAGUAUAUCAUACAUAGAGAAGAGUUUCGAAAACGAUUGAAGGCUGAUACAGAGCAGCGUUUAUACCAUGGAUGUCCUGAAUCGGCAGCAGACUCUAUAAUCAACAAAUGUUUCAACCGCAGUUACGGUGGUGUGAAUGGUUUGGUAUAUGGGAAAGGCGUUUACUUUUCGUCAAAAGCGUCUUACAGCAAUGGUUUUGCUGUCCCCAAUGAGAAUGGAGAGAAAUGUAUGUUUAUAGCCCGUGUUCUUGUCGGGUUAUCGAUAGUAGGUGAUUCAUCUAUGAUAACUGCGCCACCUGGUUAUGAUACAACGACUGAUGGAAGUCAUAUUUUUGUCACUUACCAUGAUGCACAAGCAUUCGCAGAAUAUCUGAUCACGUACAAAUAG